AUGUUGAACAACAUUCUGCUGUUGUCCCUACAGAUAAGUCUCUUAGGAACUGUUUUUGGUGAGAAUGUUCUGAUUUGGCCAAUGGAAGGUAGUCACUGGCUAAAUGUUAAGAUAAUUAUAGAUGAGCUGAUUAAAAAAGAGCAUAAUGUGACUGUCCUUGUUGCCUCUGGCGCAUUAUUCAUCACACCAACCGCUAAUCCAUCUCUGAUAGUUGAAGUAUAUACAGUCCCCUUUGGCAAAGAAAGAGUUGAAGGAGUAAUCAAAGACUUUGUUUUGACAUGGUUGGAAAAUAGACCAUCUCCUUCAACCAUUUGGAGGUUCUAUCAUGAGAUAGCCAAAGUCACCAAGGAAUUCCACAAGGUAUCCAUGGAGAUCUGUGAUGGUGUUCUUAAAAACCAAAAGCUGAUGGAAAAGCUGAAGAAAAGCAACUUUUCGCUCUUGUUAUCAGAUCCAGUAUUUCCUUGUGGUGAUAUAAUAGCUUUAAAACUGGGAAUUCCAUUUAUGUACACUUUGAGGUUUUCUCCAGCCUCAACAGUGGAAAAGCACUGUGGGAAGGUCCCAUACCCUCCUUCCUAUGUCCCUGCUGUUUUAUCAGAACUCACCGACCAGAUGUCUUUUGCUGACAGAAUAAGAAAUUUUAUCUCCUACCGCCUACAAGACUACAUGUUUGAAACUCUUUGGAACUCAUGGGAUUCCUACUAUAGUAAAGCUUUAGAUGGUAGCCAUUGGUUAAAUAUUAAGAUGAUUCUAGAAGAGUUGGCUCAAAGAAAUCACAAUGUGACUGUACUGGCUUCAUCGGCAACUCUAUUCAUCAAUUCCAAUCCCGAUUCUCCUGUGAAUUUUGAAGUGAUACCUGUUUCCUACAAGAAGAGCAAUAUAGAUUCCUUAAUUGAACAUAUGAUAAUGCUUUGGAUUGACCACAGACCAACUCCUCUCACACUAUGGGCUUUCUACAAAGAACUAGAAAAACUCUUAGACACUUUCUUUAAAAUUAAUAUACAAAUCUGUGAUGGUGUGUUAAACAACCCCAUGUUAAUGGCAAGACUUCAAAAAGGUGGUUUUGAUGUGUUGGUAGCAGACCCAGUAACAAUCUGUGGUGACCUAGUUGCUCUUAAAUUAGGAAUUCCAUUUAUGUAUACUUUGAGGUUCUCUCCAGCCUCAGCAGUGGCGAGACACUGUGGGAAGAUCCCAACACCAGUCUCCUACGUACCUGCAGCCUUGUCAGAGCUCACUGACCAGAUGACCUUUGGGGAAAGGGUUAAAAAUAUCAUAUCUUAUCCUCUGCAAGACUAUAUAUUUCAAUCCUACUGGGGAGAAUGGAAUUCAUACUACAGCAAAAUUUUAGGAAGACCCACUACAUUAUGUGAGAUUAUGGGGAAAGCUGAAAUUUGGCUAAUUCGAACAUAUUGGGAUUUUGAAUUUCCUCGUCCAUACUUACCUAAUUUUGAAUUUGUUGGAGGAUUGCACUGCAAACCUGCCCAACCUUUACCAAAGGUUAUAUGGAGAUACAAGGGAAAAAAGCCAGUCACAUUGGGAAAUAAUACUCGGCUCUAUGAUUGGAUACCCCAGAAUGAUCUUCUUGGUCAUCCCAAAACCAAAGCUUUUAUCACUCAUGGUGGAACCAAUGGGAUCUAUGAAGCAAUUUAUCAUGGGGUUCCUAUGGUGGGAGUUCCCAUGUUUGCAGAUCAGCCAGACAACAUCGUUCACAUGAAGGCCAAAGGAGCAGCUGUGGAUGUGAACAUGAACACAAUGACAAGUGCAGAUUUGCUCAGUGCUUUGAGAACAGUCAUUUAUGAACCUUCUUAUAAAGAGAAUGCCAUUAGAUUAUCAAGAAUUCACCAUGAUCAACCUGUAAAGCCCCUGGAUCGAGCAGUGUUCUGGAUCGAGUUUGUCAUGCGCCACAAAGGAGCCAAACACCUUCGGGUUGCAGCCCAUGACCUCACCUGGUUCCAGUACCACUCUUUGGAUGUGAUUGGGUUUCUGCUGGCCUGUGUGGCUACUAUGAUAUUUGUCAUCACAAAAUGUUGCCUGUUUUCUUGUCAAAAGUUUGGUAAAACCAGAAAGAAGAGAAAGAGAGAAUAG